GAAGGGAUAAUCCUCUCUGCAAGAUUUGCAAACAGAAAGAAAAUCUCUCAGAUAUAUUGGAUCCUCGGAAUCUCAGCUUUAGACUUUUGCUUUAAAUGCAAAAGCUUUCACCCAUCACAAUUUCAUACCCAAAAAAAGAUUUCAAGGGAAAAGGAAAAGAACACCCUUAUAAUAAACUCUCUCUCUCUAUCCACACUCCAUUUCGCUCAGAGACUUGAGAAUUAACCCAUUUCACCAUUUCUGACUUUGGAGUAGGUUUGAGCUUUUUUGGCAACGGGGGUUUUCUUUUCUUCUCAUUGUAGGAACACCCUUUUGAGUUUAGAGGCUAAAGGGCUCGGUGGGGGGAUUUCAAUGGCAGCGGUAGCUAGUGAGAUUCUCAGGCGCAGUUUGGCGGAAAGUGUUAAGAUUUCGGAUGGGUCUGGCUCAGGGGAGCUUCAUGUUCUUGCUGUUGAUGAUAGCCUUGUGGACCGUAAAGUCAUUGAGCGAUUGCUUAAGAUCUCAUCCUGUAAAGUGACUGCUGUGGAAAGUGGUACAAGAGCUCUACAAUAUCUGGGAUUGGAUGGUGAGAAGAGCUCAGUUGGGUUUGAUGCUCUUAAGGUGAAUCUGAUAAUGACAGACUACUCAAUGCCAGGGAUGACAGGAUAUGAGCUUCUUAAAAAGAUCAAGGAAUCAUCUGCUUUCAGAGAGGUUCCAGUAGUGAUAAUGUCUUCAGAGAACAUCAUGACUCGUAUUGAUAGAUGUUUAGAGGAAGGAGCUGAAGAGUUUAUAGUGAAGCCAGUAAAACUCUCUGAUGUGAAACGCUUGACUAGUUUUGUAAUGAAAGGGGAUGGAAAAGAGAAUGGAUAUGGUCAAAGAGUGAACAAGAGAAAGCUUGAAGAUGACAGCAGCAGCCCUUCGUCGUCACAAUCAUUGUCGCCACCAUUUUCGCCGAAAUCCUCACUGGAUUCAUGUAAUCUACCAACUGACGAACAACUGUCUUCUUCGCCAUCUUUGCUCCAGUGCUCACCAAAGAGGCCUAGAUUGCAGACUGCUGCUUCACUCUAAUGAAUAUUAGGCCAUAGUAUGUUUGAGUUGAGAAAUUGUUUUUGUUGUGUAAUGUUAACCGACCAUGUAAAUGCUGACAUGAAAUUUCAUAGGAAAUAGAAAAUAUAUAUACAGAAGAGAAGCCAAACCUUGUAUGAAAAGAUGGAUUGUUGACUAUUUUGAUUACUACGUUUUGCUAAUGUAGACCGAUUCCUUUUAAGUUUUCCUUAAAAUUUUGCUUAUAAAGUAAUAAUAUUCUCA